AUGCCGCGCACCUCCCGGUCAAGCUGCGUUGCUCAGCCAGCCAUUCAAGCCUUCACUCGGGCAACCAAAGCCGGCAUUACUCCGCAGCUACCUGCAAAGAAGAUAGCAUCUCUUCCAGUCUCGCCUUCCAAAAAACGCAAACUCCAGGAACUCGAAAACUUCGACAACGGUAGCAGACAGGCGCCAAUUGAAGAGGAAGGCACGCCCUCGAAAACUUUGCGGCUCAACGAAUUAUCUGUUUCCUCACCACGCAGCGGCCACUAUGCCUCUCCCAAGAAAGCUUCACCCGCGAAGACCCCGAGUCGGACCCCGAGUCGACGGGUUGCCCCUGUCAAGAAAGCGCCCUCGACACCCGCAACCCCUUCGAAGCAACGAACCCUGAACUUCGAGAAGGUUAUUCCAGUGCACGAGGAAACCCCAGCUAUCGAGCGGCCUGCAUUCUUCAACGAUAUUCUCAACCUUCACUCCUCCUUUGUUCAGGCUUUCUCCAUUCACAUGGCCCACAAUGGCGCAAGUACCCCUGCGGACCUCCGAGAAUUCCUUGGCAGCGUGACCCGCCUCUGGAAUAAGCGCAAGGUGCAGAUGAAGGACUUGCAGCGUCUUGUUUGGGUUUGGGAGCAGAGUUCGAAAGCGAAACACAUUUCAUAUCGUCUAGCGAAUUAUGGACUCGGCAAAAUUUGCAUGGAGCGCACCGUGCAGGUCAAUGUGCAGCCUCCAGCUUUGCAAGACUCUUUCGAAGAAGCCUUGGACUUGCUGUGGGAAAAGGCUCCAGAGGCCCUUCGGGAUGCUAGUGAGGAGGCUCAAGCAACUCUGUUCAUCGAGUCUCUCGGUCUCUCCACAAUCCACGAGUCUCUUACCCCUUUCACUGUUUUCCAGAAAGGUCAGCAACGACUCCAGGAUCUGAAGGGUGGUCUGCUCCGCUUGAAAGCCGAGAGAAUGCGCUCAGAGUCAGCAGAGACAACUCCCCUGGAGCGGACGGCAACGGUCAGCCGCCGCCAGAGUCUGCUCGAUCGAAUUAAGAAUAAGGAGCUACGCCAGUCCAAGCUCCCUCCCCCGCCUGCUAAGAAGGAACUCGUGCGACGUGCAGCCGCCGAUCGGGUGGAGGAAGUAGCCGGGAUCCUGGCCCUGUUGCGUCCCGCAGGGUAUGUGGGAAAUGGCAUCAAAGCCAUGCUUGCAGCCCAACGCAAGCCCUUCAAGCUCGAUGUGAUGGUCGAACAUGUCCGUGACUCGGUCCGCAGCGAGAUCCCUCGUGAGGAGGUGGAGAUGUGUCUUGAGAUUCUGUCGGAUACAAAGGUGGCUGGUGACUGGAUCAGUAUGGUUACUGUAGGCCAGAUGAAGUCGGUCGUGCUGAAGUCUUGCAAAGAUGUCUCUGCCAAAGAUAUCGGGGCGAGAGCCGCCCAGUUGAAGGCUGACUGGGAGAAGUCUGCGUCUUGUGUGCAGACUACUCUCUUGUGA